AGGGGCUUUUUUUACUUUGUUUUCUCUCAAAAAAGACAGAAAGUGACAUUAAAAGUCUCAGCGGAAGCAGCUGUGCGCGCGCUGUUCACCUGGCGACCGAGCACGCGACUUGUUGAGGCGGAAAACAAGCGAUCCUGGCGGUAAACAACAACAAAAUUUAGCUCGCGGAUAGCAACUAGCAGCUCGCGAGGAGGUCCAGCAGCAGAACCCCCCCCCCAAAAGUAGUUCGGUCGUGGAUGAGGUCUCCGGCGGACUGAGCGCGAGCACCAGGUACCCACACCGGAGCGGACAGCGCGCGCUGCACGCGGCAGGAUGUCCACGCGGGUCGGCUCGUGUCUGACAGCCGAGGAGGAGCGCGAGGGGCCUCGGGAACCGCAGCAGCAGCAGCAGCCGACGGACGGGCCCGGUUCCUCCGGAGUGGAGAGGAGGGCGAGGCGGAGCAGCGGCGGCUCGAGCCCCCCGGAGGAGGGCGACGAGCCGCGCGACGCCGACGGAUCGAAGGUCGAGGCGGCGGCGGACCGCGUCGUGGAGGCGCCGCCACCCAAAGUCAACCCGUGGACCAAGAGGACGACGGGCCGGCUGCCGGUCAACAACAACAACAACGUCCACAACAACCCGCAGGGCCCCCCGGAGAAACAUCUACAGAACACUCUGAAAGUCGUUCGUGCCAACAAACCCAGGAUGAGGAAAUCCAGCAAGUCCGGUGACUUCAGUGACAUCACAAACUGGCCCACACCUGGUGAGCUGGCCAAAGAGCAGCAACAAAAUGUCCUGAACAACAACGGGAAGAAGCCGGCCUCCUUGCGCAGAGACAAGGAGAAGACGACCGCGAGGGAAGCGAAGGAGACGAAGGAGGGGAGCAAGGAGAACCAGGAGGCGCAGCCCGACCCGCUGGGGGAGGCGCCCAGAGACGGGGGCAUGUCCAAGGGGGGACAGGACGCCAAGAGCCUGAAGAAGAGGAGCAGCGAGGGGAACAAACGUAAGUGGGUUUCUCUGCCGAUGGAGGACACCACCCGGGACGAUGAGGAGGACGACCACGAGACGCCCAGCCGGGGUCCGGACGCCACGGGAACCCCCGGAGACACGCCCCAUCCCGCCUCGCCCAAUCAGGCGCUCCGUAACCAGAGGGCGCCUGAUGGCAGCAGGAGUUGGAGGAGAGAGUCUCGGGACUUUGUGGACGACAGCGUGCGGAGCGACGGCGUCCGCGGGGGAACCCGAGGCCGAGGGAAAGGUCGUGGCCGCGGGCGAGGUCGUGGGCGAGGCCGCGACGAGAACCCCCAGAGCUCCGACGCCCGCGGCCCCACAGAAUUCGGCAGCAACAUGGUUUACUACUACGAGGGCGGCAGCAAGGGCCAGAUGUACUCGGUGGACGAGAAGCUUCUGAAGGAGUACAUCAAGCGCCAGAUUGAGUACUACUUCAGCCUCCACAACCUGGAGCGGGACUUCUUCCUGCGGAGGAAGAUGGACGCUCGGGGCUUCCUGCCCGUGUCGCUCAUCGCCAGCUUCCACCGCGUCCAGGCGCUCACCACGGACGUGGGCCUCAUCCUGGAGGCCCUGAAGAGCAGCAAGGAGGUGGAGCUGGUGGAGGACAAGGUCCGCUGUAUCAGCGACCCGGAGCACUGGCCCAUCCCCGGAGGCGUGGGGUACCCCGGCAUGGGGCCCUCCGUCGUGGGGUCCUCCGUCGUGGGGUCCCCCGGUGUUGGUUCCCCCCGGACCGACUUCUCCCAGCUCAUCAACUGCCCCGAGUUCGUCCCCCGGCGGGCCCUCGGCUCGGACUCUGCUUCAUCGCCCGUGAGGAAGACUCCCCCCGAGUCCGAUGAAGAGCCCCGGGACUCAGCUGAAUCCGGGGAGUCCCUCGCGACCAAAUAUGCCCCCCCAUCCGACCCCGAGGCCUGGAUCCAGGUGGAGAAACGCCACCGGCAGCCCCCCGGAAAGGAGCGCGGCGAUGCGUCUCCAGACGCCGGCCAGCGGCCUCCUCGGCCGGCCGCGCCCGACCAGGAGGACCUGGACUUCCUGUUCGACGAAGAGAUGGAGCAGAUGGCGCCCAGGAAGAACAAGUUCACCGAUUGGUCGGACGACGGAGACUCUGACUACGAGCUGGAUGACCAGGACGUCAACAAGAUCCUCAUCGUCACGCAGACGCCGCCUCACGCCCGUAAACACCCCGCGGGGGACCGGACGGGGAACCACGAGUCCAGAGCCAAGCUCACCACCGACAUCGCCAAGGCCAUCAACGACGGGCUGUUCUACUACGAGCAGGACCUGUGGAAGGAGGAGGAGACGACCGAGAGCGCCAAGGAGGGCGAGAGCUUCAAGAAGCUGAACGUCAUCAGUCGGGACGCAUUUGACACUCUGACCCCCAAACGGUCCAAAGACCCUCAACAGGAAGAGCUGCCGCCGGCGGGCGGCGAGGCCGACUUGUACCGCCCGUUGCCGGCUACGGUCCCAGAGUCGCCCGACACUCACCGGACCCCCAGGAACCCCCACACCCCCGGACGCCAGGACGCCACCAAGACGCCGAGAUUCUACCCCGUCAUGAAGGAGAGCAGCUCCGUGGACGAACAGACCCUGAGAAAGAAGAAGACCCGCCACAGUUCUAACCCCCCUCAGGAGGCCCACAUCGGCUGGGUGAUGGACUCCCGUGAGCACCGGUCCCGCUCCACCUCCUUCAGCUCCAGCGUGUCUCCAUCAGAGGGCGGAGCUUACGACUGCACGCCGCGCUCGCUGCCCAAGUUCUGGCACCCGUCACACGAGCUGCUGAGAGACAACGGGUUCACCCAGCAGGGGUACCACAAGUACCUGUGGCGCUGCCUCAACGAGAGGAAGCGGCUGGGCGUGGGUCAGUCUCAGGAGAUGAACACGCUCUUCAGGUUCUGGUCGUUCUUCCUGAGAGACAACUUCAACCGCAAGAUGUACGAGGAGUUCAAGCAGCGAGCGCUGGAGGACGCCAAGGACAACUACAGGGCCCCACGUAUUUGGUCCCAUCCCCUACAACGUGAAGUAUCAUGUGCGUUAUUGGUUAAAUGAUCAGGAUCCUAUGGAGCACAGCUCAUGGGCCAUGACACCGCCCAGGACCUACUUCAGCAUCUCAAAGUAAGUCUGCCAUAAAUAUUUGUAUUAACUAUCCUCUUGUAUAUGAGUAUGUGUUUCAUAUAGUUAAGCUUUACUCAUGUGUCAAGUUAAUAGCAGCUAUGCAUAGGCGCACUACACAUUAAUUAGACUAAUUAAAAAUAGUUUUAGAAUGGUAGUAAGUAGAGUGGUGUUUACCUGUCAAUAUGUCUACAUAGUGUUCACUAGGCUCAAGAGAUGGCUCACGUUGCUUAAUUUGUAAAAAUAGUUUUCAUUCAUAUUUAUCCAGUCUCUGUCUGACAUUAAUCUGAAGUGGUGGUGUCAUGAAGAGAUGUGUUGACUGUGUUUGGCUAAUGUCUGCCUUUUUUUUCUUUUUUCCAGGAGAAUGGACCAAAUGUCAACUGGAAGAUUUUUUUAUUCAUAUAGUUUCACAAAAGCUCAGGAGUAGACGUAUGAACCUGUGCACAAAAAUCCAUCACAUAGAGACAUGAGAACUCACUCACUCACUCACACACAUAUACAUUCUAUUAUGUAAAUGUAUUUGCAUUUUAAAAGCAGCUGGAAUUGUUAUUUGUUAUUUUAAAGAUUUUUUUGUUCAAAAGGAACUAUGUUGCCCGUAUUUUUUUUACUAUAUUUACUUGAUGUUAUAAGCAUUUGUUCAUGGGACCUAAAUGUUCUGAAAAUGUUGUAUUAAUAAAUAUAAUUUACAACAGCAAUGACAUUUUUGUGUUAUCCUUUCGCAUUACACCAUACUGUUCAUUUUGAACAAACAGUGUGUUUAGAUUAAUGUAUAUUUCCACUUUUGAUUUGUAUUUCCAUCACAAGUUAGGUUUAUUCCUGUAGACACCCUGACUACAGAUGUAGACCUCCAUACAGUUUCUCUUUUUUUAACAACCUGCCAAGUCCACAUUCCUUUCUGGAAGCUCGUCUCACGCCCUGAAACCCAUCAGCUGUUAGUAGAACCGGUUCCUCCACGCCGUUAAAUACCGUGGGAUUUCUGGAAGUAUUUACAGUUGAGGAGGAGCAUGGGGUCUGGGUUCGGACUGAAAAUAGAAAAGAAAGAAGAGAAUAAGAUUCAGGAGUUCCUAAAUGCUUCCCGUACCCAACAAUCUGCCUCAAUAUUUUAUCGAAAAUUGUCGAAUAUUCAAGUUGGAAUGUGCGAUGGACUGAGACUAGUAUGGCAAAAAGAUCUUCGGACUGAGAUAAGGGGAGAUGUAUGGCAAGAAAUAAUAUCAAAUGUAGGCUGGGCUACAAGGGAUGCAAGAAGCAAGUUUACUCACUAUAAAAUUGUACACAGAUAUUAUUUUACACCUCUGAAACUGUAUAAAAUGGGAUUGAGGCAAGAUCAUAAUUGUUGGAAAUGUAAUAUAGAAAUGGGCACUUUUCUACAUGCUAUGUGGGAGUGCUCCAAUGUGUGGCCUUUAUGGAAUGCAGUACUAAAGACUAGGGUUGGGUACCGAAACCCGGUGCCAAUAUGGUACCGGUUCCAAUACAACCGGUAUUACCCGGAUCGAAACGCAACGCACAUUUCGGUGCUUCUUUCCGGUGCCUGAGCCGAUUGAAAUUGAAAAAAACUAUUGUUGUGAACUUCUCUGGUGACUCCGCCCUGUCAGCAGGUUACGAGCCUCUCAUAUUUAACUCUGACAGCGGAGGCUGCGCCGUGUGUGACGGCGUGAACCCGUGUGGAGCACACCAGCGUCAGGCUGGGCGCGACGGGGAGACCGUCACCGGUCCCCUGAACACGGGGAGACCGAUGAUGACGAGCAGCCUUAACUCAGAUUAGUACCGUAACGUUGAUUGCAAGUCUUGCAUUCAUAAAAGUAGCCCAAGAAAUAAUAAAUUAGCCAUUAUAACCAUGCUUAAGCUAGCUCGUAGCUAGCGUUAGCUCGUAGCUAGCGCUAGCUACGGGCGUGACAGUCUGCUAGCAGAUGUGUUGGUGUCCAGCGAUCCCGGCUGUAUACCCGGUGUUACCGGGAAUAUAAUGACGGAAGAAUAAAGACCGGGGGCGUCACUUUGCUUCAGUGUAACUCGCUGUCAGAAACAAAACUUUAUUUGUCACGUGUCAUCUUCAGUCCCUCUGAUUGGUUGUUCUCUUUGUCCAUCAACACAGUGACAGGAUUAACCCUAUAAGGUCUGCACAUGACAAUACAUAUCACCUCAUAUAAUGGAGAACAUGUAUUGUGUAUGUUAACAGUCUGAUAUCCGUUGUGUGUCAGUGCUCCAUGAUAACGGCUUCAACAGGGAAUAUGGCCGAAGAGGUUUUUAAUGUCCUCAUUGUGCGUUUAAAAAAAAAAAGUAUCGGUUCAGGCACCGUUUAGGCACCGGUAUCGUUUUAAAAGCACCGGUUUAGCACCGGUAUCGGAAAAAACCCAAACGAUACCCAUCCCUACUAAAGACAUUAGAAGGGUGGCUCAAGCGGCCUUUACCAGAAUCCCCACAACUGUUUAUUAGGGCAGAGGUCCCCAACCUUUUUUGAGCCACGGACCGGUUCCGUGUCAGGAAUUAUUUUCACGGACCGGCAAUAUAAAUGACGUAAUAAAUAUGACGUCAUACAAUUAUACUAAGGGCAUAAAGUGCCAAAACUACAACUCAUCAUUACGCCGAAUUAGUGUGAGCCGUGCGCUUGUUUACCUGCAACGAGCCGCUAGUGGAGACGGCGACACAGACGUGUGUUUGGUCCGCUGCUCCUAACCGAGUUCUGGUCGCUGUCAUUAGAACAGGCAGAGUUGUUGUGUGAAAUGUCCCUUAAGGCCACCGUCAUUUGCAUCUCCAACACAUUUUUUUCUAGCUCGGACGGGCUCGAUUCACCGGGUGGGUUUGUUUACAAAUGGGUUGCAGGUCUAUUCUUUUGCAGUCGGGUCUUUUGUGGUUGGAGUACCGCUCAAACUCUUUUAAAAGCCUCUUCCACCCGGUCAACAUCUGAAACAUGUAGAAUAUUCCGCUGUUCACUCGCCCACACAGCAGCGACUUUAUCGGCCAACUUGAAAACAGUUUUCAUUUCCCUGAAGUGACAGAAUUCAUUGAGCAGGUUGAAUAUGUUUUAAGAUUCUUUGUCACUGGAAUGUGCCGCCAGCAGAGGGUUCGGCGCGUGAGACUAGCCUGCAGCGAUAAACCCGAACUUUAAGACUCCUGAACGCGGCUCAGACGCACACACGGGUGUAUCCGGUCCUUUUUCACAAUAAUAUAUUUUUCCGACUGAUUAAAAAAUUUUAAAAAACCAAGCCGCGGCCCGGGGGUUGGGGACCCCUGUAUUAGGGGACACAUCACUGGUGCCACCAGGCCUCACCAACGCAGAGAUUAGACUGUCACUAACAGGCUUCAUGGUGGCAGCAAGGCUUAUCCUGAGAAACUGGAAGAGCCCACAUACGGCCACGCUCACAGACUGGCUCAAACUCAUGACGGAGACGGCUGCUUUUGAAAGUAUGAUUGCCAGGAUGAAGAACAGUUCAAGCCAAAGUGACCAAGCAUGGAAAAGUCUGAUGGCUUUCAUUACAAAUUAGAGGAGGGGUCAAAUACUCAGGGGUAAGAGUUGGAUUUUGAGGGGAUUGCAAAUGCAGAGGCAGGGUAGUGUAUACACACUUACAAGUAAAAGAUCAUUAAGGGGGUGCCGGGGUUGUUUUUUGUUGUCUUUUUUUUUUUUUGGGAGGGGAGGGUAUGUGUGUGUGUAUAUAUGUGUGUAUGUAUGCGUGUGUAUAUGUAUGUCUGUGUGUGUGUGUAUGGGUAUGUAUAUGGGUGUAUAUAUAUGUUUAUGUCUGACAUUUCUGUACUUGUUUUAUGUUUAUAUCAUUAAACAAAUAAAAAAUUUAAGUGACAAAAAAAAAUACCGUGAGAACUCAAGUGGCCAAAAUACCUGCUAAGCUCCAGCACAGUUGAAGUCGUCACAGCGAUGCAGGUGUUUUCAUGACCUCAUGUCUAUAGAGGAACUCCACCACGGUCACAUGACCUCAUGUCUAUAGAGCAGGGGUGCUCACACUUUUUCAGCAUGCGAGCUACUUAUUAUGCACAGAUAGGGCCCUAGUGGUGCUCAAGCACCAGCCUCUUUGCCCUGGAUGAGAAAAGUGCCCUUUUUGCUGGAGCCCACUUUUUUUUUCAUUUAUCAGUAUUUAAGAAGAAAAGUUACUCUCUGUCAUCAACUCCCCCCAAAUGUGUUUUAAUAUCCGACGGGGCAUUUAUUUGAGUUCUUGUGAGAAUUUCGCCCGACACGCUCCGCGGCGCUCACGAGCCCCCCCUCCUCCCCUCCCCCUCCUCCGGCCGCGCCCCUCCCUCCUCCACUUAGUGCUCGCGCAGUGCUCCUCGCGCCACCAAACGGGUGCACCUCCUUCUCCUCUGACCAGCAGCAUCAGACCAACAGGUCAUGACGGUGUUUGUCCCCUGACGUUGUUUUGUGAUAAAUCAACCACAACAUUAGCGCUGCUGAAAACAUGACGUCACAACUAGACUGUACAAUACCAGAGAGGCCUUAGUUUGAGGACCACUGCUCUUGGCUGUUGAUGUCUAUCAAUAUCGCUCAUCUUGAAAAUGAGGUCAGAGGGCAAUACGGAUCUGUAUCAGACCAGCGAAGGAGGGCAAUACGUGGCUGGCAUGACGACCCAUUAGCCAAUCAGAACGCUUGUACUGUUGUUGCUACAGUGUUUCCCCUAGGUUUACAGCUUCAGGGGGGCGGGACUAGUGCCGCUGCUCGCCAGGUUGGUGCCCUAAGCUUAACUCCUUAACGAUGCCCCCCCUGAGAUAGGAAAGGGACCCAUAAUAUAUAAUAAUUAAUCUUUAUUCAUAAAGAAAAUGUAAGCUAUCGGUCUGAUGCUGCCAGAGGAAACGCAGGUUGAGGACAGCAUCAUCAGUGUAUUGCUGCUUCUGCUUCAACUCUGUCUGCAUUUUUUUUUGGCAUUGGGUGACCUUUUUUUUGGUUUGAGCACCUGCCCCCAAAAUGUCUGUGCACGUGCCUGGUCACAUGACCUCAUGUCUAUAGAGGACCUCCUCCUCGAUAGUUUAAUCGCUCGACCAUUUGCCGUGUUCACGCCAUAAGCGUCGAGACGCUCCGCGAGGGGCGGGGCUUAUCUCCGUGUCUCGUCUCCGUAAAGACCGUUAUCAUCCACCAUCUAAUAACUAACCACUAGUUCUGCUUUAUAUUUGUUGUGGACAUCCCACACACUUAACGCCCUCGUGUUUGGGUUCAUGACAUUAAUAUCAUAGAUAUAUAUAUAUUUUUACAUAUCAUCACCCGUAGGCCCACACAGCUUGGUCACUUUCACCGAUGAAGUUACUGUUACGUCUGAAAGACUUCCGCUUCCAGCGCUACGAGAGCGGAACAUCUAAACGGCGUUAUUGUGUUCAUAACAUUAUUAGCCGUCUUGUUCUGAUUCAACAGCGGCGGGACAGCAGUGACGCGAGGAGCAACUCAAGAGCUGAUUGGCCCGAGUUGCGAGAUUACCGCCUCAAGGGACGAAAAGUGUGCCGCUGAAAACGCGCCGCUGUAAACGCUUCGCCCACAUCGCGUCGCCCCAAACGCGCCGCCCGGAGAAAUAUCGCGUCUAUCGCAGCCACACGCGUCUGUACGUUGACUUUUCAUGGCAUUCGGUCGCGUGAAAAAAUCGCAUCGCUUUUGGUGUGAACGCACCUUUAGUCUAUAGAGGAGCUCCACCUCGGUCACAUGACCUCAUGUUAGUCUAUAGAGGAGCUCCACCACGGUGACCUCGUGUUGUUACCGCCCC